GUUCCCACACUGCACUGCGGUAUUGUUGUUUGCGUUAAACAUGGCGUCGGUGAGCUGUCCGUUACAGAGAACCUUCUCCCGCCCAGCCACCAGCUCGUCCCAACCCAACACCACCCCGGUACUCUGUCGGGAGCGGUUAUGGGUGUUGUCGGUGCAGCGUUACGGGAGAGACCCAGGUUUCAGUCUGUAUUUCCCGCAGAACAUCAGCUCCUCAGACAGCCUCUACGACGCUACUCUGACAGAUGGGGACUGCAGGCUGCGUGUGACCCUUGACCCCAGCCUCAACCGUCUGGUGGAGAGGAACGUGUUCCGGUGUGGCUCUCAGCUACGACAUGUUACCUUUUCACCCGGGGAGUCUGUAGAGGAGGAGGGGGGAGGAGGGAGGACUUACAGGCUGGUGAGUGUGGAGGUGGCUGGGGACGAAGGGGGGAUGGAGGGGCUGACUCCCGGGGUGGAGGUGGAGAGACUGCCAUGGUACGGAGCCCAACCAGACCCAGAGAGAGACCCAGGAUCCCAUCCAGCAGACCCAGCCCUAAUCCCAGACCCAGUCCACCUCGAGAGGGCCCAGGCCCCCAGCUUGCUGCCCCUCAGGGCCAGGAGAAGCUGCUAUCUGCCCCUCUGGAACAACCAGGACUACAGUGGACCAGCCUGGAGGGAGACUCCCAACUCAGACAACUCAGAGGACUCGGACCAAGACGAAGAGGGUAUUCGGGCUACAGUGACGCUAGCUGAACUGCAGGAGGACUUCCUGUCCCGUAAGGGCGGUGCCACAGCGAGGAGGGGUGUGGCCAGGGGUCUGCUGGUGGUGCGAGUUCUAAACAAGUCCAGAGUGAUGUAUUAUGGGAAAUCCGACAGCAAUUGUGAAUGCCCUUAUAAGGCGGUGUUGCAGGUGUGUGAUGUGUCAGGGUGUGUGUGUGUGUGUGUGUUGUGGAACAGUGUGUGUGUGUCGUGGUAUGGCAGACUGAGACCAGGUCAGGUAUUGAGAACGAGAGGCUUCAGAGUCAAGGAGAGCUACGACAAGAGAGACCACCAACAUAUAGAGAUCAGUCUAAACUCCAGGAACCCGUCAGCUGAGAUCUCUAUCGUCCCAGAAUUCUCUCUGUCUGCUGACGUCCGUUUGUUACGUCCCUCCUACUCCUUCUGCAAUGGGAAGGAUCUCCUCAGCUGUCCCCACGGCGACAUCUGUGAUGUCAUCGGCCUGGUGGUGUUCUCUGGCCGGCCUGAAAGAAUCAGGAGCAAGGAUGGACAGGGUAAAGAGCUGUUGGAGUAUCGGUGGCUCCGAUUGGACGAUGGGACUUCUGAUCAACCAAUCAUGAUAAAGCUCUUCUCAACGUCUCAACCAGAGACGCACAACAAGAUACUCCCACUAUCCGUAGUGGUGUGUACCAGACUCCAGAUGGUCGGAGAUUCAUCCUGCUGUUACCUCACCAACACUACCUACACACAGAUCUACUGCACAGGUUCUGGCCACCACUCAGUGAUGCCCUACAGGAAGCUCCACCCAGUGCGUCAGUUUGUCCGAUGGCUGCGGAGCGUGGAUGACAGACAGGUGCUGAGCAGGGCUGUGGUUGGUGGAUACUUCAUCUACCCGCCCCCUGCCGUCUCCCUGGAAGCCUACAUGAAGAACAGAAAAGGUGAACUAGGCCUGCUGAGAGGGGCGGAGCUACAGUGGGAGGUGGAGCGACUUCAGUACAGAGAGAGACGUAGCUUCUGUAUCCAGGCAACCGUCACCAUGGUUACCCACUGCCAUAGAGGAAAGGAAGACCAGUGUCUAGUGUGGACAGACAGACCUGCUCCUCGUAUCUCUCCCUCCUCUCCUCGUAUGUCUCCCUCCUCCCCUCGUAUCUCUCCCUCCUCUCCUCGUAUCUCUCCCUCCUCUCCUCGUAUCUCUCCCUCCUCUCCUCGUAUCUCUCCCUCCUCCCCUCGUAUCUCUCCCUCCUCCCCUCGUAUGUCUCCCUCCUCCCCUCGUAUCUCUCCCUCCUCUCCUCGUAUCUCUCCCUCCUCUCCUCGUAUCUCUCCCUCCUCCCCUCGUAUCUCUCCCUCAUCUCCUUGUAUGUCUCCCUCCUCCCCUCGUAUCUCUCCCUCCUCCCCUCGUAUCUCUCCCUCCUCCCCUCGUAUCUCUCCCUCCUCCCCUCGUAUCUCUCCCUCCUCCCCUCGUAUCUCUCCCUCCUCCCCUCGUAUGUCUCCCUCCUCCCCUCGUCUCCCUCCCUCCUCUCCAGGCUCGUCGGUCAAAUUGAGUCCCAGCCUUCUGAUGCUGAGAGCAGGGUUAGGACUCGGCAACGGUAAAUCCCCAAAGAGAAAACUUUUCAGCAGUGCUGGACCCCCCAGGAAGAGACUGACUCUAGGGACCCAUCCAGAGGAGGAGACCGACACAGGAACAGAGGGCAGUCUGUGGGAAGCUUCCAUGGAGUUCCUGGAGACCAACUAUGAUGAAGAUGAGGAUGAUGAGGAUGAUGAUGAUCAGGCCUUCCUCACGGCCCCCUCCUCUCCUGUCUCGUUGUUGGGUGGGUGUCGGCUGGGCCUGUCUCGCGUUGCCAUGGAGACAGUGCCCCUACAGUACUGCCCGGCGUCCAGGGAGGAACAGGCGGUUGCCGUGGAGAUGCAGACAGGAGAGUUCCAGAACCUUGGGUGUUGUAGAAGUCUCGAGAACUACAGCCCUACAGUGAGCUACACCCAGACUGGACACUACACACUCACACUCAGAGCUUUAUCUGACGGGGUGGUGGUCGAUGCAGUGUUCCUACCUGGUAGCUCUGCUACCAGCGCCCCUACAGGCCCCUCCCCUCCACAUGGCCCCUCCCACUCUGACCACUGGUUCACCAUCCUGACACACGGAGGCUUUUCACCACACACACCUCCACCUGCACCAGCGGAUCUGAUCGCAACGGCCUCCCAGCUGGCCAAUCAGAGGCUGGUGUGUGUUCUGGAGUUGUGUCUUCUGGGAGGAGACAGAUUGGAGGUGGUCCUGAGUAGAGCCUUCCCUCUGAGAGACUGACCUCUUCAUCAUGCUCAAGUCUAAUCUACUGUAUGUGGGAGUCAACUAAAUGUUUGGCAUUAUAUGAUCUUAGCGAAUCACACGAUUGUAAGGUGUGGCUCCGAAUCAAGAAACGUGCAGAGUGGGAGAUGAUUGGUUAAAGAAAAGCCCAUGCGAAGCCUUUCUUGCUGAUUUUCUAUUGGUGACAGAAUUUUUCCCUGACUUUUUCUAUUGGUGAGUGAAGAUGGCUUUUGUUCACGAGACUUUCCAUGGAAGGAGAAAAGAGGAAGGAGGAACGACAUCACUAAAAGACUGAAACACACUUCCUCCUCUCUCUCACACACACACACUCACACACACCCUUUCUCUCUCUCACACACACACACUCACACACACCCUUUCUCUCUCUGACACACACACACUCACACACACCCUUUCUCUCUCUGACACACACACACCCUUUCUCUCUCUGACACGCACACACUCACACACACCCUUUCUCUCUCUGACACGCACACACUCACACACACCCUUUCUUUCUCUCACACACACACACACUCACACACACCCUUUCUCUCUCUGACACACACACACUCACACACACCCUUUCUCUCUCACACACACACACACACACCCUUAUUCUCUCUCUGACACACUCACACACACCCUUUCUCUCUCUGACACACACACCCUUUCUCUCUCUGACACACACACACCCUUUCUCUCUCUGACACUCACACACACCCUUUCUCUCUCUGACACACACCCUUUCUCUCUCUGACACACACACACCUUUCUCUCUCUGACACUCACACACACCCUUUCUCUCUCUGACACACACACACUCACACACACCCUUUCUCUCUCUGACACACACACACUCACACACACCCUUUCUCUCUCUGACACACACACACUCACACACACCCUUUCUCUCUCUGACACGCACACACUCACACACACCCUUUCUCUCUCUGACACACUCACACACACCCUUUCUUUCUCUGACACUCACACACACCUUUCUCUCUCUGACACACACACACUCACACACACCCUUUCUCUCUCUGACACACACACACUCACACACACCCUUUCUCUCUCUGACACGCACACACUCACACACACCCUUUCUCUCUCUGACACACACACACUCACACACACCCUUUCUCUCUCUGACACACACACACUCACACACACCCUUUCUCUCUCUGACACACACACACACACUCACACACACCCUUUCUCUCUCUGACACACACACACUCACACACACCCUUUCUCUCUCUGACACACACACUCACACACACCCUUUCUCUCUCUGACACACACACACUCACACACACCCUUUCUCUCUCUGACACACACACUCUCACCUGACUGUGCAUUGUAAAUCCAGCUAUUUUAUGUUGUUUGAAACCGUGUUUUACAGGUGAAGGCUUAAUAAAGUAAGUACUAUGUA